AUGGGAAUUACAUUGAAUUUGCAAAUAAAAGAAUUGAUUAUUUUAAAAUAUCGAUCAGGCAUUAAACAAGCAACCAUAGCCAAACAGCUGAAUUUAAGCCGAUCGGUAAUUUGCAAAACUAUUAAGCUGUUCCACCUCAGAAAAUCGUUGGUAAGCCUCCCUAAGACUGGUAGACCGCGAAAAACCACACCUAGGAUUGAUAGGAAAAUUAAAACACUUGCUUUUAAAAAUCCAUUUACUACUGCUGUCGACAUAAAGGCUCAACUUGAAGAAGUCAAUAUUGGUAUCCACACUGUUCGAAGACGUUUAAGGGAGACCCACAAUGCGUUUGUUUGUUGACUGAGCUUUUGAAACACCAAUCGUGUAAAUUUUGAAAAUACCGGAGAGUUCCUUUCGACUAUGGAUAUCCGGACAAGUUUAUGAACAUAACGAGAAUUUUUCUUUUGAUCAUGCAGUAAUUAAUAGGCAUUAUUGAAGUUAUGAAUCUGGCG